UUUGUUGUCUUGGAACAGGAGACAUGCACUGUCGUGUUGGUUUACAAUUGGCUGCCAUUAACUUCUUUACCAUCAUCUAAUAGUAGCUACAUCACAGUGCUAUCCACUGGCCAGUCUGUUCGCUUCUUCCAGACUGCAUCCGCUGGCCUGUCAGCUUUCCUACUCAGGGUUGUUGUCCAUUAUGUGUCAUCUACAGCUGAGGACAUUGAUUUUUGUAGCGUGGGUGCUGGGUUACAUCGCCUUUCUGCUCUCUAUCAGGAGGAUGUGGACGGGGAAGUACGUCCGUAGUCCGCUCGUCCGUUCACUGUUUAUGAACAUGGUGAGCGAGACAGAAGCGGCCGCGAUCGAGACACAAGAGUGGUACCGGUGCUGUCCUGACCUGCUCGGAGAAUCGGUGCAACCCUUGUUCAUCCAGAGCCACCUGGACUCAGGCACCAAGGCUUUUCUGAAGCGGAGCGUGGAGAAAUCUGGCUGGCUGUUCACCCAGCUCUACCACUCUUUUGUAUCAACCGUCCUCGGCCCCCUGGUCUCCCGCACAUCCAUCAACGGGUUUCUGGGUCGCGGCUCUAUGUUCGUGUUUUCUCCGGAGCAGUUCCAGCAGCUGCUCCGGAUCGGCCCAGAGUGGAGGGCUGAGAGACUCCUGGACCUGGGAGCUGGGGAUGGAGGUGUCACAGAGGUGAUGGGAGCCUAUUUCAGAGAGGUUUAUGCAACUGAGGUCUCACUACCCAUGAAGUGGCAUCUUCAGAGGAGGAAUUAUAAAGUUCUGGGUAUAGAUGAGUGGCAGCAGACUGGUUUCCAGUAUGAUGUGGUCAGCUGCCUGAACCUGCUGGACCGCUGUGACGAUCCUCUUCAUCUCCUGCAGGACAUCAGGCGAUCACUCAUUCCCAAAACGGGCAGACUCAUCCUGGCUGCAGUGCUUCCCUUCCAGGCUUACGUGGAAGUCGGAGGAAGAUGGCAGCGUCCCAAAGAACACCUAAAAGUAAAAGGAAAAACAUGGGAGGAGCAAGUAACCGAACUGACCAAUGAGGUCUUCCGAAGGGCGGGGUUUGAGUUGGAGGCUGUCACCCGGUUGCCAUAUCUCUGUGAGGGAGACAUGUAUAAUGAUUACUACGUUCUCGAUGAUGCAGUAUUUGUUCUCAAGGCUUCAGAGGAUAGUUCAGGACCUGCUCAUUGAAAACCAAAUGCACUGUGGUGCCGUCAGAGGCCCUGAUUUUGCUAACCUAACUUUAUCUCGUUGUUUCCUCCUGGAUGGAAUUUUCGUGCAAUUCUCAUAAGCUUCAUUCAUAAAACACAGUGUUUCUGACUUGUUCAGAAAUGGUGAGUCAGGUAUGAAGCUCAGGUACUGUAGUUCCAACAUUUACCAGCCAUCUUGUGUGACAGUGAUACCUCGACUUUAUAAGCAAAAAAUACCUGAAUGGCAGUUUGCCUGUAUUGAAAUGCCAUUGAAGAUCAAAUCUUCUAAGACAUAUCACCAUGUUGUAAGUGUUUGUUCUUUGAAGUCUGUUAUUUGUGGCAGAUGUUUCAUCAUUGUGUAAUAUCAGUGGGAAUAAUCAUGGUUGAAUCGUUACUUUAAUCUUUUUUGUGUAUAAUUCAAAGGACCAGUGUGUGUUCACACUUGACUGAAUCACUUCUGGGCUUCUAGGAUUUUAAAGCUAUAAUUUUUGUUUAACAUGUAAUUAAUUUGAGUAAAAUAAUAUGAGGCCUUCGUAAAGCAAACCUAUAACUUGUGUGAAACAGCGGCUAAUGUGGCCCCAAGUGCCACUAGGGGAAAAUGUUAGCAAGCUGAAAACACAGCAUUGACAUAUUAUCAUGCAAUAAAUUUGUUAUGGCAAACUUGUUAGCAAGCAAUUGCAUCUUUACACUUAAAGUACUAGGAGCAAUAUUAGCAUUCAUUUGGAGUCAUGGUUCUGGCCACCCGGUCUCGACCUUCAUAGAGAUGAGGGGGACUGGAAAAUUGGGUGGUAAUUCCCCCGUGAGUGUGACCCAGUUUUAAUAUGAAGAGUACUUGUUAGUGCAGCUUUAGUGCGAAAGCACAGUGUAACCAUAGCACAAAUUAAAAAAAAGCCAAAAUUUGCUAAAGUGGUUCUGUCAGUUAUGCAGCAAUAUCUAGCUAAAGUUUGAUGACAUUAGCCACCAUAAGAUGAUGGCAUACCAGACCAAGAACAGCUGUUGCAGAAAACCCCUGAGUGUAUUAGAUUAAACAAGUGUGUUUUAUUCCUUUUGAAUUAAACUUUUUAUUUGUUAAAAGAAUAUUGCGUUAUUUCUCCUUUCAAAUGUUACAUGGUUUUCGCUUUACAUCACGGUUGACAAUUGAAAAUGUGCCACAGUUAAUGCAAUAUUUGUAUUGAAAAAGUAUCAUUUGGGUUCCAGAAUAAAAGAAAUAU